AUGCCAAAAAAAGGUCGAACAAAUAUGAAUUUGACUCCUAACGGAGAAAUUCGAGAAUGGCAUACAGAUUUUCUUCGUCAAUAUCCAUCAGAUACACUUGAUAAAAAGACAUUUAUUGAUUAUUAUCAGAAAUUACAUCUACAUGAUGAAGCAGAUAUUACAGAAAUUUUUGAUCGAAUCAAUAUAAAUGAUGAUAGUACAAUUGAUUUCAAUGAACUUCUUCUAUUAAUUCCUAUUAGAAAAAAAUUAGGCAACUUAGAACAAAGACUUACAUUUCUAUUUAAUUUAUGGGAUGAUUCCGAACGAUGGACAAAUUUAUCGAAAAGAACUAACUUAUUUAAUAUCAGUUAUGACAUUAGUGAUGAUAAGAAAUUAAGUAAACAAGAAUUUGUUAAUGGAUGUAUCAAUGAUCCAGUUAUUUGUGGUCUAUUAGUUCGAUGUUGUUAA